CCUUUGACAGUUGUUCAAUACGCGAUGCGGAAAAAUGUCAAAAUAUGCUGAAAUAUGACGGAUCCGUGGGUGGUUCGCGAUGGUGAAAAUUCCAUAAACUCGGAAUUAACGGUCGAUUCGGAAGCUGAAAAUACAAACGGAGUUGGUUUCGAGGACGAUUUCACGUCAACUGAACGUAAUUCAUCUGCGAAUCAAAUACAAAAUUUGCCGGACUCGCAACAAUAUUUGGAAUCGCUCGAAAAGAAACUGAAACGGUUGAAACGGGAUCCUAACAUUCUGCGGCAAUUGGCGGCCAAGCGGGAGGAGUUUAUCGGCAACCUCCUGAACGAUAAUCUGUUCAUCAACCGAGAUGACGAGCUCGCACUAGACGCUCCCAUUGUCACGGGAGAGUCUGCAGUGCAUGAAAUCUAUCGUCACCUGAGACCGGUGCAACCUUUGAACGUUGGCGAGACAGUUAACAUUGUGCAUUACGAUCAGCUGGAGGAGCAACGCGUCCAGGACGAAGGAUUGUCGGAGGACAGUGAAACAGCAAGUCGAUAGGGAGUUAGGGGCAGUAUAGGCAAUAUAAGGACUUCUAAAUUUAUGGAUUCGCAAUUUGGAGAAGUUUUCAUAUUCUUAACAAAAUUGGCAUGGCGAUGUCGAGUUACAAUUCCUGUUUUCGUUACUGCAGUUCUAAUGGCUAUGGACAUUCGAUUACAGGUUGAAAUUAAUAUACAA